AAUGACAAAAGGUUGCCGUAUAAAAACUAAAGCAGAACUUGAGAAAUAACAUAACAUCAACAGCAGCAAUUGUUGAGAUGUGAAAAAGAGAAACGGGUCAGAAUCAGCUAUGGCAACUUUAAUCUUCGUUUACUGUCUCCUGACAGCAGUCAGUUUCAAUCUGGCUGUUCCUGUGGAGGAAAUCAGGAGCAGGAAGACUAGAGAUAUGAGUGUGGAGGACUUUUAUCAACCAAUGCGUCCAGGUCAAUCAGGCUUUCCAUUUGUUUUCCUCAUGCCUACGGAUCAGUUUCCUGGAAUGCAACUUACACCCAACAUUUCUCCAAAUAUCAUACGGCCAUAUUCACCUGGUAUCUACCCAUUUCUGUAUCCAAAUCCCUAUUUACCCCCAUAUCUGCAAUCACAUCGAUAUCCAUAUCAUCGAUAUCUACACCGAUAUCCACACCCUGGUGUACGCUUAUUUGGCUCCAGGCCAUCUGUGGCGGUGCAACCCCCCAUUAUCGUAGUGGAUAGAGUCCCGAGUCCCACCACAGUCUCCCCGACAGCCAGACCCCAAACCACAGCCAUUGCUGUAGGAUGAGGAGCAUCUUUCUGGAGCCCAAUCAACACUUUCAGCUGUCACAUAAAACAUGACUUGAUUGUGAAUCAAACUUUAAUUUAAUAAUUGUUUAAUAUGUUUGAUAAUAUUUUAAAUGUAUGUUUUUUGUUCUCAAAUUAAUGUUCAGACUGGUGUUGAGUGAAACAACCAUGGAAAUAUUAAAUAUUAGUAAUCAA